AUGGCUAAUAAGCUCUCACAAAUUGUACUGGAUUUACAAAGUCAUCCGAAUGGAAAUGGUAUUCUGUACAAAGUGGCUUACAGACAAGCCAUUUCAUUGCCUGAUACCGAUGAUGAUGUUGGUUCGCUCUAUAUACAUCUUUGUGAGUGCUUAUUCAUCGAAAUAUCACAUGCUGAAUUUUGCAGUAUCUUUCCGAAUGUCAGUGGCAAAAUGGACGAAUGGACAUGCAGACAAGACACUGGAGAUGGUUUUCAACCGAAAAUUUUCGAUUUGAUCAAGGCAAUCGAACAAGAUCUUAUGAAUCACUGGUCAAAUCCUUGUUUUCUGCCACGUACUAAAAUUGGAGUUAUUGGUUACACAAGUGCAGGUAAAAGUUCUGUGCUAAACCGGCUUCUUGGUGUGAGUUCUCUGAGCGAUGAUGAUGCAGCACCAGUGCGCACUAUCAAAAGUACCUAUUAUCAAUUACAAUUCGAUCGACAGGAACCACUCAUUUAUCCACCAAACCGAGACAUAAAAAUACCGGUUACAUUUAUCGAUAUUCAAGGUCUCGAUAAAGACAGGCCAACAGUCAAUGAUCAGAUUGAAGCGGGUAAUUAUCUGGAUGAAAUUCGCAAAGCCAACUGUGAUAUUUAUGUAUUGGUAUUUGAUGAUCAACUGUGCUACGAACAAGAGGGUUGGAUUAAUUAUAUCGAGCAGAAAUUGAAACGAAAAUGCGUUUUAGUACGAUCCAAAGUAGAUAUUUGCUAUUUAAAGAAAUUUCGCGAACUUGCAAAUAUACCUUUUGGUCGAAGCAGACCGGAACAACGCAGCAAAUAUGAUCAACGUAUCAUAGAACAGAUACGUUAUGAUAUUCAAGUCAAAUCGCGACAUGUUUUUCUAACGGCGGCCGACUAUGAUUGGGCGAGUAUAGAUGCAGAAAUGUUACUGAGUGCUAAAUCAUUUGAUCAUGACGAAUUGGUCGACAAAUUGAGUUAUCUGGCAUUCAAUGCCUCUCAUCGUCGCAUUCACUUACUGACUAUGCGAGCUGUGACUCGUGUGAUCAACACGUGUUUUCGUCGUGGCUAUGUGCUAAAUGUACUUAAGUACCAGAUACUUGCCGGUGUGGCAGCGAUUAUUCCUUGCGGUGAUCAGUUGCCUCGCUAUCUUUCAAGAAACAGUAUCAAAGAAGCAUUUGGUAUUAACGACGCUUUUUGUCAAUAUCUGACUCAAUUCAAUCUAAUAAUUCAGAAUGAUAGCCAUUUGCAAACAUCGGUGUUCAAAAAAUAUGUGGUGGUCAAGGCGAAAACUGACUCCGAAGUAAGCGCACGAACAAUAGGAACCGUGACAGGACAUACGGCAGCAGUUGUUGGCUCAUUUAGCGAUGAUAUUAUUCGCAUAGUCGCGCCAGCCACCACAACUGUGUCAAGAGUUGCAAGUGUUACAUUCACUGUUGCGACAAUCGGCAUCGGCGUGGUCAUUUCAGCUGGUGUUUGUGCUUGGUCAGCUGUCAAAAGUGGACAGCAUAUCUUCAGUUAUGUUAAUAGAAUAUGUGAUGAUCUCAUUCUAGUGAGUAAUCCUUUAAUUGCAUCGAUCAUUGGACGAGAAACUGAAAAAACAAUUGGCAGCACAUAUUCAACAACUUCGAAGUAA